CCCGCAUCAAGCCCCAAAACCACCCCACCCUCCGCCAUGACGUUCAGCAACCUCUGCCAUCACAAGCCAAACCGCUCCAUCUCUCAUGAUCCCAAAGACUCAGAGUUGGUGACCUGGACCCGGUUCCAACUCGCCUCAUCAUCACAGCCCGACACCGAUGCAUGGGCAUCCUAUUUCCAGCCCCUGGUCCACGACAUAGGCCACUGCCAGACAGUCUGGGGCCGAGUCAAGGACAGUGCAAGGCCUCAAGUAUUAGUGGUAACGCAAUGGUGGACAGUCUCCGAAUACAGGGACUUCAGGUCCUCCCCCAACGCGCAGCUCUACCUCGAGACCCUCUCCAACAGCGGAAUCGUCCCCCUCGCUACCCACGAGACAGUAUCCAGCGGCAGCUUACCGCCCUGGUUCCACUUCCUCCAAAGGGGCUCCAGCUGAUCAGCGUGUAUUUCCCGGCGCCGGUCGCGGAGCCGCAACGGGCGCAGAUCCAGAAGCUCAAGGGGUACCGCCCGCCGGCUUUACGGUUUCAUGCAAAGCCCGACGAGUGGGAUGCACUGCGUGGCCCGGUGAUGGUCUGGGCGGCGCAGACGGAGCGGCGGAGCGGACAAGAGGUGCAGCUGAUGCUGUGGCCGCAUUUCUGGCGGGAUGCUGACCGCGCGGAGCGGAGGCUUGUUGUCAGUGUCAAGGAGAGGUUUGAGAGGCAGCUUGGGCGAUUCCAGCCGGUGGAGUGGGGGGAGGAGUUCUUGGAGUUUGAGCUUGUGCCUUGUAUUUGAUGGACUAGGCUUGGCUUUUUGUUAGACCAGGCAGCCUGUUCAUGUUUGUCUGUAUGAUACUAUACCUAAUCGGCU